AUGUUUUCAUUAUUGGCUUUGGCAAUGCAUAUCUUAGCAAAUAUGAGUGCGUUCGAAAAGCAAAUGUCUGAGGAUAUGACAUACUUGCAACCAACAAAUAUGCGUCAGAUUAGGAUACCUGGUGACGUCAUCAUAGGUGGGGUUUUUCCAGUUCACGCAAAAAGUGGAUCACCGGAUCAACCUUGUGGUAUUAUCGCCGAGACACGAGGAGUUCACAGAGUGGAAGCAAUGUUGUAUGCGUUGGAUGUUAUCAAUUCUCAACGUGAAUUUCUGCACGGUUAUAAGCUGGGUGCUCUUAUAUUGGAUUCGUGUUCAAGUCCUGCCUAUGCCCUCAAUCAAAGUCUUGAUUUUGUUCGCGAUUUGAUUGGUUCAGCUGAUUUAUCUGAAUAUCAAUGUCGUGAUGGUAGUUCUCCGAAGAGUCGACAAGUGCCACGUAAAAAUAUUGCUGCGGUUGUUGGUGGCAGUUAUAGUUCCGUUACUGUCCAGAUAGCUAACCUCUUGAGGUUAUUCAAGAUAGUUCAAGUCAGUCCAGCCAGUACUAAUGCAGACCUCAGUGACAAAACACGUUUUGAAUACUUUGCCAGGACCGUGCCCAGUGAUAAUUAUCAAGCACGUGCAAUGAUUGAUAUUGCAUUGCACUUCAACUGGACCUACGUAUCACUGGUGUAUUCAGCUGAUGAAUAUGGUGAACUUGGUGCUGAAGCUUUUAAGAAAGAAGCACGCAAAAUGAACAUUUGCAUUGCUAUCGAAGAGCGCAUAUCACCCAAAAAAGAGGCGUUUCAAGAAUCUGUUGAUAAUCUCGUUAAAAAACUGCAACCGGAUAAGGUCGUUGGUGCACGUGCUGUUGUGCUGUUUGUUGCCACGGAGUAUGUACCGGAACUGAUGUUACAAACAUUCGAACGCAUGCGUUUCGAGCGGUUACCACGCCGUAAAGACAUUAUUUGGCUUGCAAGUGAAGGCUGGGACCGAAACAAUGAAGCAUACACAGCAGGUCCUAGGAAAUCAGUAGCAGAAGGUGCUAUUGUUUUGAUGUUAGCAUCAGAUCGUGUCCCUUCAUUUGAAGAGUAUUUUUUAUCGUUGAAUCCAAGCCAUAACAAAUUUGAACGAAAUAAAUGGUUGAGAGAACUAUGGCGUCAUAAAUUCAAUUGUGAAUUUGAUUUACCUGAACGCAGUACAUUGAAUAAAUGUGAAAACCAUUAUCAGACUAUGGAAAACUUCAAUCCAGAUGAUAAGGUUCAGUUCGUCAUUGAUGCUGUGUAUGCCAUUGCUCAUGGAUUACAGGGCAUGCAAGAGAAAGUAUGUCCUGACGAUACUGCAUCAUCAUCGUGGAUAUCAAGAUAUUCAAGUGUACCACAAAUUUGCGAUGCGAUGAAACACAUUGAUGGCGAAGAAUUUUACCAAAAAUACUUGUUACAAGUGAAAUUUGAAGAUGCAGUGGGAAAAAAAUUCCGAUUCAGUCCAGAAGGCGAUGGACCAGCACAUUAUACAAUUUUAAAUUAUCAGCCAGAAAUUGGUCAUAGCAGAUCCGAAGAUUCCAGUCGAAGUGACUAUGUCGUUGUUGGACGUUGGUCAGAAGACCAGUUAGACAUAGAUGAUGAAAAGAUGUCCUGGAAAUAUGGAGAAAUACCAAUAUCACAAUGCAGUAUGCCAUGUCCAGUCGGCUAUCGCAAGCAGCUUAUUAAGAUUAGUUUACAUAUGCACCUACUAAGUGUUGCAACAGAUUUAUUCUGUAUAAUUCGUUUUAGUGAUAGACUUUCCUGUUAUGCUCAUGAUGAAACAACCUGUGUGGAUUGUGGUGAAGGUUGGUGGCCGACAACUGAUCGAAAAAACUGCUUUAACUUGGCACAGUCUAGCCUGAAAUAUAUAAGAUGGUCUUCCUGGUAUUCGAUAAUACCUACCUUAUUUGCUGUCGUUGGUAUUUGCUCAACAAUUGCUGCGAUUGUCAUAUAUUCGAGGAAUCACGACACACCGGUAGUAAAAGCAUCAGGACGUGAGCUUAGUUAUAUUAUACUGCUAGCAAUGAUUAUGUGUUAUACAAUGACUUUUUUACUUAUUUCUAGACCGACCACUUUCAACUGUGCUAUUAAAAGGACAGGUAUUGGGUUUGCUUUUUCAUGUUUAUACGCAGCUCUUCUGGUCAAAACCAAUCGGAUAGCCCGAAUCUUUUCACAUCGUUCAGUGCAACGACCAAUGUGCAUCUCUCCUGUAUCACAAGUCCUUUUGACAGCACUUCUUGCCGGUCUUCAACUUUUCGGUUCACUUAUUUGGCUUUUUAUUGUCCCACCCGGUACGAAACAUUAUUAUCCAACACGAGAUCAAGUUGUGCUCAAAUGUAACGUUCCUGAUCAUCAUUUCCUUUAUUCGCUGGCUUAUGAUGCUGCAUUAAUUGUCUUAUGUACUGUUUAUGCGAUCAAAACUCGAAAAGUGCCAGAGAAUUUCAAUGAAACACGUUUUAUUGGUUUCACAAUGUACACAACAUGUGUUUUGUGGCUUUCCUGGAUAUUUUUCUUUUUCGGUACAGGAAGUGACUUUCAGAUACAAACGACAUCAUUGUGCAUAUCGAUAUCGAUGUCUGCAAAUGUCGCAUUAGCUUGCAUUUUUUUACCGAAAAUAUGGAUUAUAUUAUUUGAAAGGCAUAAAAAUGCACACAGACAAGAUGGUAUAUUUACGAAAAGAGUGCCAUUAGUAAGAGCUAUUGCACCGGUGAAUCGUUGUUUCAUGUUAGCAGGAAUGUUUCAUCUACCAGUUAUCGACCGCUCUAACUCAGAAUCGUACGACAAUAAAUAUAUUAGGGAAAGGAGUACAUACACAAUGUACUGCCUUGUUAUCCGAGCAACAGAGGAGAAAUUCACUCGGAAACUCUUAUUACAGCAUCUCAUCUUCCGGUCACGACACAUUUUUGUAAAAUAG